GUUUAAUUGCUGCGACACUCGCAUCGGCCAAUAUUUUUUUUAGCAUUUACCUGAUUCAAAAAUUCCAAAUUCUGCUUAACAAAAUUGAGUUCUUAGGCGAAGUUUCUGACUAUAAUAGGGUGAGAAAUCAAUUAAUCGAAAAUAUUAUCAACCACGACGAGUGCAUCGAGUUCGUAAAAAUGUUCAAUGAUGUUGCCCAGCCCAUUUUCUUUACGAUUUUAUCGGGUCUUGUCUUUGUAUUAAGUCUUGCAGGAUUCUCGAUGGCUGUUAUGUUCAAAGAAAACGACUUGGUCAAUGUCGUGAAGUUUUCUAUAACUUACAUCGGAGCUAUAUUAAUACUUAUGGUGGCUUGCUAUCCCAGUGCCAGACUAACGGAAACCAGUAAGAAUAUAAGUAUGGCAUGUUACUUUAGCGACUGGUAUAUAAUGAAACCUAAAUUGCGAUCCCUUCUUAUAUUGACAAUGGCAAGAACUUUGAGACCUUGUUACAUAACAGCUUGCCCAAGCGUUCCUGUAGAUUUUAAUAUGGUUACAGUAGUCUUCAAAACAGCCAUGUCAUAUGUCGCAGCUUUGAUUUCGAUUCAAUCUUAA